UUUCACCACCGCCUCCGUCCCCCUCUUUCUCUGUGCUUCAGGACAGUCUCCACUUCCCAGGCUACGCUAACAUCGUCUCUCUCAAAGCAAACACCAAGUUUUGUAUUCGAGCCAUUUCUUCUGCAGGUUGCUGGCAUGAGCUGAAAAUUGAACUCACUGUGGGUCUAUUGAAAUUAACGACAGAGAGGAAAAUGUGGUUACGCUCCAUAAAACCCUUUUAUUUGUUAAACUCCUUUAAAAAGUCCUCAAAACCUCCAUGGAUUUUGUCAUCUUUAUUGUCUUACACAGACAGCCCUUACUCAAAAGCAAAGGCUUCCCCUUUACAGGAAACCAGAAUGAGAGACAGAUUUAAUGUAAAUGCUAGAGGAGGUGAUGGGGGCAGUGGUUGCUCCAGCUUUCGCCGUAGCCGACGUGACAGGCAUGGCAGACCUGAUGGUGGAAAUGGUGGUAGAGGGGGAGAUGUGAUUUUAGAAUGUUCCUCUGCAGUUUGGGACUUCAGCGGUUUGCAACAUCACAUUAUUGCAGCAAAAGGGGGUCAUGGAGCCUCUAAGAAUAUGAUAGGAUCUCGGGGGGAGGAUAAGGUUGUUCAAGUACCUGUUGGCACUGUGAUUCAUCUCAUAAAGGGUGAGGUUCCAUCUAUUGUAGAAAACUGUUCUACGACAGAUUUGGACCCCUGGGACAUUCCAGGCACCCUUGACACUGACCAGUCAGAUAAGAAUGUGAACCUUGCUGAAGAUGUCGUGUCAUUGGAUUGCACUAGUGGCUUAUCACCUCGUGGUGAAGGGACAAUAAGCAAACAAGCCGCUCAAUAUGAGUCAACAGGGGUGGAAGAUAUACAAUAUAAUGUUGUAGAAUUAACAAAACAAGGUCAACGAAUAAUUGUUGCUAAUGGGGGGGAGGGGGGUUUGGGUAACAUGUCUCUUGCAAAUGUUUCAAAGAUUGCCAAGCCUUUCAAGCCUGGCAUCAGUAGAAAUAGUGCAUUAGAUCCUGAAACACCCGAUGAGGAUCAAUCCACCCUUAGUUCUGGUUUACCUGGUUCUGAGGCUCUUCUGGUAUUAGAAUUGAAGAGCAUUGCUGAUGUUGGAUUCGUAGGGAUGCCAAAUGCUGGUAAAAGUACUCUUCUUGGAGCUAUAUCAAGGGCUAAACCUGCUGUAGGCCACUAUGCCUUCACAACUCUCAGACCAAAUUUGGGGAAAGUAAAUUUUGAGGACAUCUCAAUCACAGUGGCUGACAUUCCUGGACUCAUAAAGGGUGCUCAUGAGAAUCGUGGACUUGGACAUGCUUUCUUGCGGCACAUUGAACGUACAAAGGUUUUGGCUUAUGUGAUUGACUUGGCUGCUGCACUGAAUGGUAACAAAGGACUUCCACCAUGGGAACAGUUGAAAGAUUUAGUGUUAGAGCUUGAGCACCAUCAAGAGGGUCUGUCCCAUCGGCCAGCCUUAGUAGUGGCAAAUAAAAUUGACGAGGCAGGUGCUGAAGAUGUGUAUGAAGAAUUGAAAGGAAGGGUGCGAGGUGUUCCUUUGUAUCCAGUGUGUGCUGUCUUGGGGGAGGGGGUACCAGAGCUAAAAGUUGGUCUUAGGAUGCUCAUGGAUAGCAGAGAAUCACAGAGACUUAUUUUAGAAAACAUUGAUUGUUCUUGAUAAGUUUAAUGGAGAUAGUGAAUCUAAAGUUAUGACACACUACUAUAGAAAAAUUUUGCCCAGCAAAGCACACUAAUAACAGCUCGGGGCUUCUUCAAAAGUGCUAUUUUUUGGCUGCAACUCAUCUGGUAAGUGGUAAUUGAAGUUUCUGCUGGAACAAGUUUUGCUUCUCUUUCUACUGUUUAUAAGUUGAAACUUGGAUACUGUAAUUGUUUCAAAUACCUGUCAAGUUUAUGUGCCUAAUCCACACUCUUCAUAUCAAACUCAGAUACGAUGAUUUAAAUAUUACCUCCUAGCUCCAAGGUUUCUACA